AUGAGGAGAAGGAAGAGGAAAGGAGUUGUUCAAGGGGAGGUUCUUGAGGAGCUGAAUUCGGAGCUGAGGGAGCUGAGGAGGGAGAAGGCGGAGCUCGUGAGGAAGUCGGGGGAUUUAAUUGACUCGGCACUGGCGGCAAAGAGGGAGAAAGAUAGGAUCUUGAAGGGAAAGGAGGAGGCCAAGGGGGAGUUGGAGAGGUUGGAGAGUGUGAUUUGGGGCGCAGAGGAGGAGUAUAAUGGGUUAUGGGAGAAGAUUGGGGAGAUCGAGGAUAGGGUUUUGAGGAAGGAGACAUUGACUUACAGUGUAGCCAUUCGAGAGCUCGGUUUUAUCGAGAGGGAGAGCGAGCUUUUGGUCGAGAGGUUUAGCGGGCGGCUGAGGCGGGGGAGAACUGGGAGUUGGCGAACAAGCUCCUCUAAACUCUCUAGAUAUGAUAUUCAGAAAGAACUAGAAACAGCCCAGAAAGAAUAUUGGGAGCAGACGUUACUACCAAAAGUUCUCGAAGCCGAAGAUCCUGAAAUAUUUUCAGAUAACAGUACUCAAACUUUCACUGAAAAUAUAAGGCAAGUGCUUAAAGAGUCGGAAAAAAUGCAAAUAAGUUUUGAAGCAGACAUAAAAAGACAGUUAAAGAAGUUUGGAGAUGAAAAACACUUUCUUGUUAACACACCAGCAGAAGAAGUUCUGAAGGGCUUUCCAGAUGUGGAGUUAAAGUGGAUGUUUGGACAGAAAGAAGUCGCUGUUCCCAAAGCUGCCAGUCUCCAUUUAUUUCAUGGAUGGAAAAAGUGGCGUGAAGAAGCUAAAGCCAACUUGAAAAGGGAUCUGCUCGAGAAUAAAGACUAUGGGAGAGACUAUAUGACUCGUAGACAGGAGCGUAUCCUUCUGGAUCGGGAGAGAGUGAUGACUAAAACAUGGUACAAUGAUGACAGAAAUCGAUGGGAAAUGGAUCCGGUAGCUGUUCCUUAUGCUGUUUCCAAGAAACUAAUAGAAAGCGCUCGUAUUAGGCAUGACUGGGCUGUCAUGUAUGUUGCACUUAAAGGUGACGAUAAGGAGUAUUAUGUCGACAUAAAGGAAUUUGAUCUUCUUUUUGAAGACUUUGGUGGCUUUGAUGGACUUUAUAUGAGAAUGCUAGCAUCUGGUAUUCCAACUAUAGUUCAGUUAAUGUGGAUCCCAUUAUCUGAUUUAGAUAUUCGGCAACAGUUUCUGUUAAUGGCACAAUUGUCUCGUGAGUGCUUAUUUGGAUUAUGGAACUCAUCAAUUUUUUCUUAUGUGAGACAACGGGCCUUUUCCAAGAUAAAAAAUAUCACUGAUGAUAUAAUGGUUGUAAUUGUUUUUCCACUUCUGGAGCUGAUCAUUCCGAAGCAGGUGAGAAUGAGCUUAGGAAUGGCAUGGCCUGAGGAAGCAUAUCAAGCUGUAGGGUCCACAUGGUACUUGAAAUGGCAAUCUGAGGCAGAAAUAAAUUACAAAGCUAGGAAGAGGGACAAUAUCCAGUGGUAUUUAUGGUUUCUCAUACGAAGUGCUAUAUAUGGUUUUGUUUUAUUCAAUGUGCUCCGCUAUUUGAAGAGGAAAAUACCUAGGCUCCUUGGUUAUGGGCCUUUCCGCAGAGAUCCGAACCUGAGGAAGUUACAAAGGGUGAAAGCAUAUUUUCAGUUUAAGAUAAAUAGAAGGAUUCGAAGGAAAAAGGAAGGCUUCGAUCCAAUAAGGUCCGCUUUCGAUCAGAUGAAGAGGGUGAAGAAUCCACCUAUACGAUUGAAUGAUUUUGCUAGCGUUGAUUCUAUGAGAGAAGAAAUCAAUGACAUUGUUACAUGCUUACAAAAUCCUACUGCUUUUAAGGAAAAAGGAGCUCGUGCACCUCGGGGAGUUCUUAUUGUUGGUGAAAGAGGAACUGGGAAAACAUCUCUUGCCUUGGCUAUUGCUGCAGAAGCCAAAGUUCCUGUUGUUGAGGUCAAAGCUCAGCAACUAGAAGCUGGUUUGUGGGUUGGCCAGAGUGCAUCCAAUGUUAGGGAGCUGUUUCAAACAGCCAGGGAUUUGGCACCGGUAAUAAUAUUUGUUGAAGACUUUGAUCUUUUUGCUGGUGUUCGAGGCCAAUUUAUUCAUACCAAGAAGCAAGAUCAUGAGGCAUUUAUAAAUCAACUUCUUGUGGAACUUGACGGGUUUGAAAACCAAGAUGGGGUUGUUUUAAUGGCUACCACUAGAAAUCUGAAGCAAAUUGAUGAGGCUUUGCAAAGACCCGGUCGUAUGGAUAGAGUACUGCAUCUUCAACGACCAACUCAAUUGGAAAGGGAAAAAAUAUUACGCAUAGCGGCAAAGGAGACUAUGGACAGUGAACUUAUUGAUUUUGUAGACUGGAAACAGGUUGCUGAGAAGACAACUUUGCUGCGGCCUAUAGAAUUGAAGCUUGUUCCUCUAGCAUUGGAAGGUAGUGCUUUCCGGAGCAAAUUCCUUGACACUGAUGAGCUGAUGUGCUAUUGCAGCUGGUUUGUGACUCUGAGCUAUUGCAUUCCUACGUGGUUGCGAAGAACAAAACCUGUACAGAACAUUAACAGAUUUCUUGUCAAUCAUCUUGGCCUGGUACUGACAAAAGAGGAUUUGCAGUCUGUGAUUGAUUUAAUGGAACCUUAUGGUCAGAUAAGCAAUGGCAUUGAAUUUUUGAGCCCUCCUAUUGAUUGGAGCAGGGAUGCAAAAUUACCACAUGCUGUCUGGGCUGCCGGAAGGAGCCUAAUGGCUCUUCUUCUACCAAACUUUGACGUUGUUGAUAAUAUAUGGCUGGAACCCACUGCUUGGGAGGGGAUUGGAUGUACAAAGAUUACAAAGGCAAAAAAUGAAGGUUCUGUGAAUGGGAACCUGGAAUCAAGGUCAUACCUUGAGAAAAAACUUGUAUUUUGCUUUGGUUCGUAUGUUGCAUCUCAGCUACUACUUCCCUUUGGCGAAGAAAAUUUCUUGUCUUCAUCAGAACUCAAGCAGGCACAAGAGAUUGCUACCAGGAUGGUGAUACAAUAUGGAUGGGGGCCUGAUGACAGCCCUGCGAUUUACGUCACUAGCAAUGCGGUUGGGACUCUCAGUAUGGGGAAGAACCAUGAGUUUGAGAUGGCAGCUAGAGUUGAAAAGAUGUACAACUUAGCAUAUGAUAAGGCUAAGGAAUUGCUUCAAAAAAAUCGCCCAGUACUUGAACAGAUAGUGGAGCAGUUGCUUAUGUUUGAAAACUUAACAGGACAUGAAUUAGCUAAUAUUCUUGAGAAGCAUGGUGGGAUUCCAGAACAAGAGCCAUUUUCCCUAUCAGAAAACUAUCAUAAAGAGCUCCCCCUUGGCAUCUCCCUUCAGAACACUGAGAAUGCAGCAGUAAUAGAACUUCUAGAUGCCGCAGCAUGAUACAAGAGGUCCGGAGUCUUCUGAUCAAGGUUCUUACCAAUUGCUGCGGCAUUCUAUCAAUGUACAAAACUCGAGAAGGCUUUUUUGUCAUCUCCUUUAUCCGGCAUCCACAAGUGGUUUCUUCUCUAAUUUUGUUUGAAGAGGAGGUUCUGCAGUUUCAGGCACUAACUGCUUGCACAUGAAAGAAAAGUAGUACCUAAUGUGAGAAUUGAAGGUGCUUUUUAUAAGCUGGAAGCGACUCGAAUUUAUAUUUAUGAUGUUAUGGUUUCUUCUUCCCUUCAAAGUUUUGGGAGAUCUUGCAAUAGUCCUUUUUUCCUUUUUCUUUUUCUUUUUCUUUUUCUUUUUCUUUUGUACCAAUAACGUGAUGUAUUGUUUCUUGGUCAACAGUGUACAUUGUUAAUGAAGCUAUUUCUUUUGUCCAUGAGCCGGAUGAACGACUUGUCCUCCUAUUUUUGUAGAGAGAAAUCCCCAACAAACAGACACAGAUAUGGGCUGCUUCCAGUAAUAAAAUUCCUUCUUUUCCUUUU